UACAGACAGAUCUACACACUUGCAAUCUGAGCUGUGACUCUGAACACCUACUACCACCGGAAACAAUGGCCGGAGUUUUCUCAAAUGCCUUGGAAUUGAUCAAGGAGUUAUCGACGCCUCAUGCCCUCCAAUAUCUGGAACCCAUUUGGACAGGAGUUGAUGAGCAGCUUCAAAAGCUACACCGGUUCUUGUUGUUUAUCCAACCUUUUGUUGAAGAUGCAGAGGAGAGGCAGUUGACGGACCAGGCUAUCAGGUGCUGGCUUUUGUUGCUCAAAGAUGCUGCCUAUGACGCUGAAGAUAUUCUUGACGAGGCCAAUACGCAUGAGCUACUCAUCCAGCGCAAGGCAGAGCUUUCUGGUCGCCCAAGAAGCAAGGUGCGUGAAUUCUUUUCUCUUGAUUUUAACCCACUCUUGUUUAAACUAAAGUUGGGGAAGAAGCUCAGAAACAUCAAUGAGAGAAUAAAUGACCUUAUUGAGGAGAUGGGCAAGUUCAAAUUAAGGGUUCUUGAAAACAACAGCAAACCUUUGAAGAACAGGCCUCAAACCUAUUCAUACGUGCACGAAUCGCGAGUUAUUUUUGGAAGAGAUGAAGAUAAAGAGAAGUUAUUGCAGAUGCUGAUCAGUGAUUGUUUUGAUGAGAAAGUGGCUGUGGUUUCUGUCAUAGGUAUGGGUGGUUUGGGUAAGACGACACUUGCUCAGUUGGUCUACGCAGAUGAAAGGGUCAAGAAACAGUUUGAACUUUGUAUAUGGGUAUGUGUUUCUGAUGAUUUCGAUGUGGCAAAGCUUGCUAGAAAGAUCAUACAUACAGCUUCUGGGAAAAUUUGUGAUCAUACGAACAUGGAAGUGCUUCAACAGGAUCUGCGACAAAUCUUGAGGAAGAAGAGAUAUUUGUUGGUCUUAGAUGAUGUAUGGAAUGAAGAUUUCAAAAAGUGGACUGAUCUUAAAAACAUGCUGCUUGGUGGAGGAGAAGGAAGUAGAAUUCUUGUGACCACACGCAAUGAGAAAUGCUCCAGAGUAAUGGGUGCAGGGAAACAUUAUAUUCUAAAGGGUUUAUCAGAAAAAAGCUCUUGGGCUUUAUUUGCGCAGAAAGCAUUUGCUACACAUGUACCGAAACAACCAAAAUUGGUGGAAAUUGGUGAAAAGAUUGUUGAAAAAUGUCAAGGGUUACCUCUUGCCAUAGAAGUGUUGGGGAGUAUCAUGCAUUGUAAGAAUGAAGAAAAUGAAUGGCAGGCUGUGUUGGAAAAUGAGACCUGGAAGUUACAACAUACAGAAAAUAAAAUCAUACCAGAGCUAUGGCUAAGCUAUGUUGAUUUGCCUACUCAUUUAAAGAAAUGUUUUGCCUUUUGCGCCAUAUUCCCGAAGGAUCACAAAAUUGAGGAAGAGAAGCUGAUUCAAUUUUGGAUGGCUCAUGGGUUUAUUCCAUCUCAAAAAGGAAAUGAUAUGGAAGAUGAAGGGCGAGAGAUUUUCACUGAAUUGACAAGGAGAUCUCUUUUACAAUAUCGUUAUUAUCGUCGUGCAAGUACAAUUGGAAGAGUGUGUAAGAUGCAUGAUCUCAUCCAUGAUCUGGCACACUUUGUUAUGGAGAAUGAAUGCUUCACAUCGAUGAAAAGCAGUGUGCCCAACAAAAUCCCAAUACGGCCACGUCAUUUGAAUUUAUAUGCUGAUAUAAAUUAUAACCAAGGUGAUUGCUCCAUCAUCCAUAGUGUGUUACAUUGCCGAAGAGACUAUAGUUUGUUGUCAAAGCUGAAGUUGGUGAGAGUGCUCGACUUGAGUCAUGCAUACAUUGAUGAGUUGCCUGCAUCGAUAGAGCAUUUGCACCAUCUAAGAUAUCUUGAUAUUUCUGAUACUGAUAUUAGGAAGCUACCAGAGUCCAUUUGUAUGUUGGUUAAUCUGCAGAUGUUGAAUCUCAAUGGUUGUGAAAGACUUUCUGAGCUUCCCAAGAGCAUAAGAUACAUGAAGAGUCUUAGACACCUUCUUUUUUAUUACUGUCCGCAGUUCAAGACAUUCCCUGCUGGUUUGAGUCGAUUAUGCGACUUGAAAACGCUAACAGGAUAUAUUGUGGGAGAUGAUGCAGAGAACAACAUAGGACAGUUAAAGUCCUUGAAUCUCUCUGGUGAACUUGCUUUGUAUGACCUCCAGAAGGUGAAGAAUGCUGAUGAUGCUAGAAAAGCUAAAUUGGAUAACAAACAAAAUAUUCACACAUUGAAAUUAAGUUGGGGAAAUGAUGAUGACAAAUGUUGUUCAAUAGAAAAUGCGGAGGAGGUGUUGGAGGCCUUGAAAUGUCACGAUAAAUUAAAAAAUCUUACAGUAAGUUAUUAUCCGGGCAGACAAUUUCCUAUGUGGAUGAGGGAAAGGCAACAAUUCCAGUAUCUAAAUCAGAUCAAUCUACUUAAAUGCAGAGAAUGUGAGCAACUCCAUCCACUUGAGAUUUUACCAAGUCUGGAGUCUCUCAGUAUGAGUGAAAUGGAUGGCAUCAAAUACAUUGUUUACAACAGUGGAGGCAACACACUGCAACCAUUCCCUACCUUGAAGCAUUUAUUAAUAUCUGGAAUGAGGAACCUAGAGGGAUGGUGUGUGGAGGAGGUUAGAGGAGCAAAUUGGUCCUUAUUUCCACGCCUUACUUUUAUGGAUAUUACAAGAUGCCCCAAGCUGAUAACCAUGCCACCCCAGAUAUUGCCCUGUCUUGAGAAUCUUAGUAUCAGUGAAAUGGAUAGCAUUAAACACAUUGUUAACAACAGAAGAGGCAUCACACUGCAAUCAUUCCCUGCAUUGAAGAAGUUGACAUUAUCAGAAAUGAGGAACCUUGAGUGGUGGUGUGUGGAGGAGGGUGGAGAAGCAAAUCUAUCCUUGUUUCCAUGUCUCAUUCGGAUGGAUAUAACAGGAUGCCCCCAAGUUGACAACCAUGCCACUAGAGAUUUUUACCCUGUCUUGAGUAUCUUAGCAUCAGUGACAUAG